AUGGUCUCCGCCUCAAAAGCUGCCCGUCAGGCCAAGCGCGCCGCUGACCCCGACGCGAAGCCCAAGAAGACGGCCACCUCCAAGCUCUCGUCCAAGGCAAACUCCAAAACUGCCUCGUCAGCCUCCUCCGUCAAUGGCGAUGGCGACGAGGAUCUCGAACUCAACGAGGAGGUGAAGAAGCUCACCAUGCAGGAAGACAAGCACGGUUUGUCCGACCGCGUCACAACCGGUGUGCUUGCCUCGCUCGCGCAGUCCCGCGACGUCAAGAUCAUCUCCUCUUCGCUCGUGUUUCACGGCAAGGUCCUCUUCAACGAUGCCACCAUCGAGAUCAACUACGGUCGACGAUAUGGAUUGCUGGGUGAGAACGGCUGCGGAAAGACGACGCUGCUCAAGGCCAUCGACGCCCGCGAGUUUCCCUUCCCAGAGCACAUCGACAUCUACCUGCUGAACCAGGGUGCGCCCAAGACCGAGUUGGGUGCCUUGGAGUGGGUCGUCCGCGAGGCCGAAAACGAGCUGGCUCGUCUGGAGAAGCUGGCAGAAGACAUUCUUGAGAAGGAUGGGCCUGAGAGCCCCCUGCUCGACGACAUCUACGAGCGUCAAGAGAGCAUGGAUCCCUCCACCUUCCACACCCGCGCUUCCCUCAUUUUGACCGGUCUCGGUUUCAACAAGGUCACCAUCAACAAAAAGACCAAGGACAUGUCCGGUGGAUGGCGUAUGCGUGUCGCGCUCGGUAAGGCUCUGUUCGUCAAGCCUGCUCUGCUGUUGCUCGAUGACCCGACUGCCCAUUUGGAUUUGGAAGCCUGUGUGUGGUUAGAGGAGUACAUGAAGAAGUGGGAUCGCACCCUUAUCCUUGUUUCCCAUUCCAUGGAUUUCUUGAAUGGUGUCUGCACAAACAUGCUCGAUAUGCGCAUGAAGAAACUCAUGUACUACGGAGGUAACUACGACACCUACCACAAGACUCGCACCGAGCAGGAAGUCAACCAAAUGAAGGCCUAUGAGAAGCAGCAAGACGAGAUCAAGCACAUCAAGAAGUUCAUCGCUUCUGCUGGUACCUAUGCCAAUUUGGUCAGGCAGGCCAAGUCUCGCCAGAAGAUUUUGGACAAGAUGGAGGCGGAUGGCUUGAUCGAGCCUGUCGUCGGUGAUCGUGUCUUCACAUUCCGUUUCGCCGAUGUCGAGAAGCUGCCGCCGCCGGUUCUGUCGCUCGACGACGUUACCUUUUCCUACUCUGGCGAUAAGAAGGAUAACCUGUACGAGAACUUGGACUUCGGUGUUGAUAUGGACUCUCGAACAGCACUUGUCGGUCCCAAUGGUGUUGGCAAGUCGACAUUACUCAACAUCUUUACUGGCAAGCUCAGCCCCACAUCUGGUAUCGUCUCCCGACACACCCACUUGAAGCUCGGUGUGUACAGCCAGCACUCCGCUGAACAACUCGACCUCACCAAGUCCGCUCUUGACUUCGUCCGUGACAAGUUCUCACAUGUUAGCCAAGACUACCAGUACUGGCGCCAGCAGCUCGGUCGUUACGGCUUGACUGGUGAGGGCCAAACUUCGAAGAUGGCAACCCUGUCCGAUGGACAGAAGAGCCGAAUUGUUUUCGCUCUGUUGGCCAUCGAGGGCCCCAACAUGUUGCUUCUCGAUGAGCCUACUAACGGUCUGGAUAUUCCCACUAUCGAUAGUUUGGCAGAUGCUAUCAACGCUUUCAGCGGUGGUGUCGUUGUCGUGUCUCACGACUUCCGAUUGCUCGACAAGAUCGCGAAGGAUAUCAUGGUGUGCGAACACAAGACUGUUCGACGAUGGGACGGCAGCAUUGGCGAGUACAAGGACCAUCUCCGAAAGAAGAUGUCGUCGACUGGUGCCCUUUAA